AUGGCCGACAAGUGGAGGAUUACCAUGACGAGUACGCAGCGAUUCGAUCCGUUUCGGGAAAUGCACCAACUACGGCGCAUGAUGCACACUCCGAUUUUUGGCGGGCGAGUCUGGGGAGGCCCUUUCGAGCCGGAAGCCGAAACAUCGGUGGAGGCCUGGUCGAUACCGAUGGACGUGCACCGCAGCGACAAGCAGUUAACGGUUGAGGCGUCACUGCCGGGCUUCACGGCGGACGACGUGGACGUUACCAUCAGCCCGGACCGAGUGCUGUCGGUGAAAGCCACCCGGCAAACCGAGGUGGAUCAUCAGUCAGACGAGUACCUGAUGCGGGAGAGGCGCUCCGGCAGCUUCCGGCGAGCAUUGCGCCUGCCCAGCGACCUCGAUCUGGAUCAGGCGGCGGUGGCCCUGGACAACGGCGUGCUGACGGUGGCAUUGCCGGUCGCCGAGGCGGCGCAGACCCGGAGGUUGUCCAUUGUGGAUAACACCGUUACGGAUCACGCCGUGAAGGACGCAGCCUAA